AAAAAAGAAAAAAAUAUAAUAAAAUCCAACACUCCACCACACAUUCAUAACAUUGUUUCUCUUUUUCCCUUUCAUCCCAAACCUUUUUUCAUCAUCUUAAACUGAAACCGCUCCAAAACCCACCAAACCAAAAACACCAAUGUCAUCACCAAUUCUUGUUUCCUUAGCUCUCAUUCUCUCUCUCCCUUUCGUUUUCUUCUUCACCCAACAUCUCCUCCCUCAAUUCUCUCCUGACUCCGACGACCUCUCUCUCUUCCACCGCGCCACCACCACCACCACAACCACCGCCCACACCACCAAUCACUUAUCCACUAAACCUAAAAUCGCUUUCCUUUUUCUCACUAACACUAACCUUACCUUCGCUCCUUUAUGGGAAAAAUUCUUUACUGGUAACAAUCAUCUCUUCAAUAUUUACAUCCAUGCCGACCCCACUUCCUCCGUCGUCUCACCUGGCGGCGUUUUUCAUAACCGUUUUAUUCCUUCCAAAUUAACCCAACGCGCUUCUCCAUCACUUAUUUCGGCCACGCGCCGUUUAAUAGCAUCUGCUCUUUUAGAUGACCCACUUAACCAAUACUUUGCUUUAGUCUCACAACACUGUGUUCCGCUAUUGUCGUUUCGAUUCGUUUAUAAAUAUCUUUUUAAGAAUCAGUUACUGUCGUUGGCUAGUUUUACUGCUAACGACGGUAACUUUUUAUACCCUAGUUUCAUUGAGAUUCUGGCCGAUGAUCAGAAUCUCAAUGAACGGUAUAAUGCUCGCGGAGAGAAUAUAAUGUUGCCGGAGGUUCGAUUUGAGGAUUUUCGAGUUGGUUCGCAGUUUUUUAUCUUGAAUCGGAAACAUGCAAUGGUUGUGGUGAGAGAUAAAAAGCUUUGGAAGAAGUUCAGGUUGCCUUGUGUAAAUGUGUAUUCUUGUUAUCCAGAGGAGCAUUAUUUUCCUACCCUUUUGUCAAUGGAAGAUCCAAAUGGGUGUACUGGUUUUACACUGACAAGAGUUAAUUGGACUGGUUGUUGGGAUGGACAUCCACAUCUUUAUACUCCAGAGGAGGUUUCACCGGAGCUUGUUCGACAGUUGAGGGUAUCAAAUUCAAGUUAUUCUUAUCUAUUUGCGAGGAAAUUCUCGCCGGAAUCUCUUGCGCCGUUGAUGGAUAUAGCUGAUGAUGUCAUUUUCCGGGAUUGAAGCUUGCUUGGGCAUCUUUAUUGGUAUUGGGAAGCGAGAAACUCAUGUUGAUUGAUGCACAAUGCCAGUGUUUUAUUGAUGUGUAUAGAAAAUCUAGUUUCGUCAAUUGUAAAGUUUAGUAGUAUUUUCUUCAAUGUGAAUGUAGGUUUUAGCGUGGAUUGCGCAAAGGAAAAUAUGGUCUCCAAAGGAGUCCGCCUCCGUGCAAGAUAUAUUUAGUAAAAUGUAUGCACAACUUCUAUCCUUAGAAAAUCUAAGAUGGAAAUAGAUUUUAUAUGUUCUGGUCAUCGAAUCUCGUGUACAAAACAAAAUGAAAACAGGCAAUUUCCAAGUUAUUUUCCCUUUGUUA